AUGGGUGGGAAUAUUAGUGAUCUGAAAACAACUCUUGCUGAUUAUAAAGCAACUAUCUCUAUCGCUCUCGGGGGAGCCACAUUUCGUCAAGCCACUGUUGCCAGCACUGUCAUCGACCAGUAUAAGACCAUGAUCGAGGAAGCAACGUCUGACCUUCAGGAGCAUCUACAAAACAUUGAGGAAAGGUUGCAAUCGCUCGAUCAGCACGGGGGUCCUGUUCAAAGGUCUGAUACUUUUCACUUACAAGACAUAAGGGAGGAGAAGGAAAGCACUGAGCAAUGCCUGACAAUAUGUACUCAUGUUGCGCAAGUCAUUGCACACUUCCAGCAACAGCUUCCGCAAUUCCAUUCUAAGGGUGAGAAUAUAUCUAUACAGUUUGGUUCUGGCAAUGAUGAUAUAUCCGGUCAAUCCCAGAACCUGACCAGCGCUAUGCUCACUGACUUUGGCGCAAGAGUCUCAUCAAACUCGGAGGCACUCCAGGCCCGUUUGAUGGAACUGACAAACCGACUGAGACAAAUGUCGGAACAGGGCAUAAUGUAUAAGGAUCCCACAAACUUGAAUCUCAUCAAAGAGGAGAGGGAAAGCAUUAUACAAUGUCUUAAUGUCUGUUCAGAGGCCUCCGACUUGGCACACAGAGCCCGCACGAAUAUCUUUGAGGACGUGACAUCUUCAGAUGAGUCACAUCAGCUCGUGGUAUCUACCAUUGGAGAUCUGAUUUCCGCCAAGCAUAUCAUCACUGGCUCGAAAUCGGCGCAGUGGUUGGGCCAAAUGUCAGACACUUCGCUACAGCAAUUAUCUCGGGACUUCCGUGGACAAGUCGGGAUAGGAGAAGAGCCACCCGCGCGGGCAGAGAAAAAUGAAUUCAAUACCCGCUACGGGUCUGGUCAGUUGCUCGGAGAAGACUCUCCAAGGCGCCGAACAUCUCCCAGCGACAAACGCUAA